AAAAAAAGGAAAGGAAAACAGAUUUUGUGACUCAAACACUCAACAGUCCUCCAAAAUAUCCCCUUCAACCAUUCUCUCUACAAACUAACAAACCUUCUUCAACCAUGCCACAGAUUGAACCUUCCCGACUCGACUUCGACGUGGCAACUUCGUCUCAAAUCAGGAGGCCUCAUCCACCACCUCACAACAACAACGUCGCCGAUUCCGUUCCAAAGGAGAACCGUCCACCACCUCACAACGGCGUUGAAGCUCCCAAGAAGUGUCGCAGUCACCCACGGCACACCGUGAACUACGCUAACGUUGUUGGAUUGAAUCAUAAUCCUGGAAUAUCUUUGGAUUGGACUGUUCAAGAACAACUCGCUCUUCAAAAAGCACUCGUUAAGUUUGCAUCAUCGUAUUGUGGCACAACACUGUAUGCAAAGAUAGUAAAGAAGAUACCAACACUGUUUGCAAAGAUAGCAAAGAAGAUACCAACUAAGACAAUACGCGAUAUAGUACUUCGACUCAAAUGGAUGCAUGAAAACGUUGUUCAUAUUUCAAUGCAGUCGCUUGACUCGGCUGAUCAACCGAACAUUCUCUCAAUUCAUCCUCCAGAAGAUGUAAGGAUGGACAAUGAUGAUGGCAUCUCUUUCAAAGCCAUUGAUGAUACCACAGGAGUUCAAUCGGAGAAAAUUCAACAAGCCUUGGAUUUGGUCGAAUCAAAUCUUGCUUCUUUGGAUAAUCCAAAUUUAAAAUAUGUAAAUGAUAACAUGGAUCUUUACUUGCAAAUCAAAAAUAACUUUAAUGAAGUUUUGAAUGAUGCAAAUAUCACGAAAAACACAACUUUUUCGUGUUAGUUUGAAUAAAAUUCCGAACAACAUCAUACUUUCAUGGAUAAAUUGCCAUAUAUUGAUUCUGGAUUGAAGUUGAACCGACAUUUACCAAAGAAGAAAGAAUGCAACAAGAUGACAAACAUCUAAUUGAAUUGGCCGUCUAUUGUAGUUUUUUGCACUGUACUCUUUUUCCCUUCAUUAUGGUUUUGUCCAUUUGGUUUUCUUGAUAAGGUUUUUAACGAGGCAGUUGCUCAUCUUGUUUCCUUGGGUAUUGGUCCAGUCCCCCCAAGUCUUUUCCUUUCAUGAAUUUUUGAGGUGUUGCAGAUGAUGAUUAAGGAUUAGGGGUGCCAACCUAAUUGGGAUGCCUUCCUCUAAAAUAUGGAAUGCUUUGGUGAGUAUAUCAUUUAUGGCAAAUUUGGCGAGAGCUCAAGAUAUUGCAACAAGCUUAGAGACGACGAGAUUCCAAGGGUAUUCAUUCAUCAAAAAAUGUAAUAUAUGAAACCAUGACUAAAUAUUAGGAACAGCUUAUGGAGCUGGAACCACCAAAAUGCUAGCUGAAAUCAAGAUAACCACCGCAACAAAACAUAAAUAUAUAGAAUAUUAUUUAAA